CAUUAUAAAUAAAAAAACAAACCAACCCUCAAAUCCCAAAAAAAUGGCCACCUUUCUCCUCCCCUUUACUCUCUCACUCCUCACCACUCUCUCACUAACUUCUCCGGCCACCGGAACCACCCCGAAAACCUCCAACCCAAACCCAAUCAAGCUCGGAACCGAAAAACUCAGCCACUUCCAAUUCUACUGGAAUGACAUCCAAAGCGGACCCAACCCAACUUCCAUUAGCAUUGUCAAACCACCACCAACCACCACCUCAGCCACCGGGUUUGGCACCGUAAACAUGAUCGACAACCCGUUAACCGACAAACCCGAUAACAACUCGCAGAUUCUAGGGCGAGCACAAGGGUUUUAUGGGCUGUCUUCCCAAGAGGAAAUAGGGUUGUUGAUGGCUAUGAAUUUUGUGUUUACGACCGGGCGGUAUAACGGCAGUACGUUGACAGUGUUGGGGCGGAAUGCGGUGUUGCAGAAGGUGAGGGAGAUGCCGGUGAUUGGUGGUACUGGGCUUUUCCGGUUUGCUAGAGGGUAUGUUCAGGCGAGUACGUAUACACUCAACAUGCAAACUAGGGAUGCUAUUGUUAAGUAUAAUGUUUAUGUUCUGCAUUAUUGAAGUUUGUAUGUUUAAAGUAUCAUAUUAAUUAUAUUAGCUUAUUAAUAAUAUGUUUUUUUUAGUAGCA